CUCGCUGGCCUGCUGCCGUGGCUGAGCGUGGACCGGCGAGAUUCUAGAAUGUCAAAGAACACUUGAAGCCCGGGAACACAGUACGAAGUACUGGAGGAAGGAGUACGGCAGCCGGGAAAGACCUGGGAUUUGAAGAGUGAGCCAAGAUAGGGCUGCGUGUACCGCACACGGGAGAGUUCCAUGGCCGAGAGUAAGCUCAGAGCUCCAGAUCAAGGGGCUCGUCCAGGAGUUUCCAGUUGUCAGAGAAAAUGCCAGAAGAGUGCUAAGCGGCAGCCCUUUUCUGGAAAGUCUUUUUACUUAGAUCUACCUGCUGGCAAGCAUCUCCAGUUUCUGACAAGGGCCGUCCAGCAGCUGGGUGGGGUAAUUGAGGGUUUUCUGAGCAAAGAAGUAAGUUACAUCGUGUCCAGCCGCAGAGAAGCAAAAGCAGAGCGCAAUGGCACAAGCCAUAGAGGCCGCCCCAGCUCCAGUGAGGUCAGAGUGGAAACUGCCUCCUUAGCGAAUCCAAAAGGCUACCAGGCCACACCUUCACAGAAACCUGUAGACUCGGUGCCUUUGAGCAGAGGGAAGGAGCUAUUGCAGAAGGCCAUCAAAAAACAGGGGAGUAGCAGCAGCAGCCUCCUGACCAAUGCCCGUUCCUGGGGAGUGAAAGUCCUGCAUGUGGAAGAAAUGAUGAUGCACGUGCGGCAGCUGUCUAUUGGUGGUUCUUCACAUACAAAGAAACAAGAACCAAAGAAGCCAGAAGGAACACGUCCAGGAGUGGAGUCAAGAGCACGGAAAGAGAAGAAGUUUCGUCCCUUCCACCGUCAGUUUAAAUCCUUUCCUGAAAUUUCUUUUCUGGGACCCAAAGCCGCAAGUCCUUUUCAGGCUCUGACAACCCCCAGCAGCUUGCAGCAUUCCAGAGAACUCAGGGACCCAGAGCCAAGCCUGCGAUCAGCUGUGCACACCUUGCCCAGGAGGAAGAAGGGGUACUGUGAAUGCUGCAAAGAAACCUUUGCAGAUCUCCAUGUGCAUCUUCAGAGUGCCCAGCACCAGAGCUUUGCUCUAGAAGCUCAUCCAUAUGCAGAAAUCGACCGGAUCAUCGCCCAGCUCAGCCAGAGCUUUGUAGACAUCUCCCAAGCCAGCCUCCCCAGGCAAUCAGGUUCUCCUGCUUCUAAUCGUGACAUACUCUGUUCUGAUACUCCACCCCUAAGCCGGCCCUGCCAGCCCAGGACAGCAUCUACCAGGAUGAGGAAGGAAGAUGGGGGACAAACCCCAUGGACUGCAGAGCAGGAUAGGACAGUGGAUAGUACAAAGGAACCAGCUGAACCCACAGGGACUGGCCACGUACCCAGAUCAGUAGCAAGCUGCCAGGAGCUGCGGGAACCCGCUGCUCCCAAUGGCUCUGGGUCCCCCAGACUCUCCAAAUGGCCUGUCUCCCUGUCCUGCAGUCUGAGCCCCCCACCCAGUGCUAGCAGAGAGCUGGUCCUGUGA